AUGACCUUGAACUGGAGCUACCUGUACAGGCAGCGGGGCGUGCUGCGGCAGCUGCAACUGCUGGUUGGGGCCCCCUUCAUCAUCCUCACCGCCAUGAGCGGGUUCCAGGGCCCCGUGUACUUCGCACUCUUCACGUCUGCAUUCUUCUACCUGACGACCCUGAUCCUCUUCUUCAUCAGGCUGCUUGGCAAAUACUGGGUGGGGCUCUUCCUGAUUCAAAUGAUUCACGACCUGCUGGCGGCUGCGCUGUACAUCGCCUUGAUGGGCAUCAUGAUCGACCAGACGCUGGGCCAAAGUUACUGCAACUUCGAGGAUUUCCCGCUGCCCUGCGCCUACAAUAUCUUUCUUGGGGCCUCCGUCUGCGGCGGACUCUGUUUUGGCCUCUACUUGCUCUCCGCAUACUUUCGAUGUACUAGUUUAAUUGUCUGGUUGCAUGAAGAUGAUGCUGCCCGCUAG